AUGAAAAAUCAACAUGACGGACGGCAAUACGUGUCACAAUCCACCGAAACAGUCCAUGGUCUCCCCAUAGGUACUUGGACUAGUGGAAGUUCCCAGUCCCAAAAAAAUACGGCGCCCGUCGAACCUUCCCAAAGCCCAACUCGGCAUCAAACUUCGCAUACUGGCAAGGACAGAAGUGAUGUAAAAUCAAAAUUAUCUGAGGAGAAAAUUUUCCAAGAGACUGUUAAUAACGAGAAAGUCACGAUUGGAGCCACAGUCUUCACAGAUCUCCCAAGAUACGACGAUGCAGCGCGAUACGGUUUGGACAACGAUGGCCAACGUGACGUUCUUGUGCACAUUGAGAUUAGGCGACUCAUCAAGGCCGUUACUACGGAAGAGCCCGUCCUUUUCAAUGACCUUGGAGUAUUAGGGGGACUGACCAAGGAAUCUAUACGGGAGCUGUCUCAUCUUGCAGACCAGCUGCUUUGCAAUUUUGCGAUUCUCAGGCUUGACAAUAUCAUCUUAACUCUGGACAAUUGUUCAAACGAAUCCAUACUUAAAAUGUGUGCGAAGGAAUACAAAACAGUCUCAGAGCUGCUAAGGAAACGAUUCACCAAACAAGGAAAAGCCAAACCGACGGAACCGGUUAUACUGAAGCCGGAAUCACAAAACAGAGAAGGAUACUUCGCAUUAGUGGAUUAUAUCACCGCAGCUGUUGUCUGCCAUCUCGUGGAUUGCGGCUUACCAGAGGGACAGACAACAAGAGUUAUGGCAACUCUCUCGGCGUGGUCUGUCAAACUGAAGACACUCUAUUACAACUCGGCAGUCAAUGCUCAAGAAUGCCUUGACAAUGCGGAAGAUGCGGUCCAGCAAUUGAUCCAAAGGGAAGACAGAAAGAGUGUUCUGGUGAUGAGAAACUCGGACGGUCAAGAGGCAAAGGAAGUACACAUUGAAUUUGAUGACCACGAGGACCCCACGAGGAUUUAUUAUCUGAGGAGCUACAUCAGGAGGUAUAAUCUGAAACCUAUAUUCCAUGCCGCAGCCAUGUGCACAGUGGCAUACGAAACCGGUCUUGAGCGAUCCCUUGUCGCGCUGCAUGAAGAUAGAGAUGGUGAUGUUUGGGUUUCCCCAGAGAAUGCAGCAGUGGGAAGCUGUUACUUUGCUCUAGACACAGUGAUUACCAACCUCGAGCAUAUGAAAAGACAGUCAGAUCAACGAUCAAGACCUCCGAGAAAGCAAGACUUGGAAAUUCAAAAUCCAAUAGAGAAACGGGCAGAUAUUGAAGUAGUUACCAUCGAUUGGCGACGGACCAAAGGCAAUAGUGUGAAGAGUGAUACGUUGGAGACGAGCAACGCAGCCGAACUCAUAUCUAUCAUGGUACCUCUUUCGCUCUCCAAUCCGCGCAUUGCGGAUGAUGUAGAGUCGUUAAUGCAGGAGGGUGGUCUGUAUGAUGACACAGAGGACUGGGAGUUGCCGAAGCUCGUCAAAGUCAACAAGUUCCAAGCCAGGUGCACAUUGGCGACAUCUACAUGGCUGGCAAAGCAGCUUCGUGUUAAAGAUCCGAAGAGCCAGCUUGGUUGUAUUCCACUUUCGCGGAGUCCUUUGCACAAGAGAAUCAGAGCCGGAACAACGCUCGAUGGCGAUUGGAUCGAGCGGUCAAAGAAAAUCGUCGCCGAUGAACUCCAAAGCGACGAAGUUCUACAGGAAUACAAAAAGGAGGCCUCCAAGAUGGAUUCCUGGGUCUUUCACGCCAAUGCUAUUGAACUAAGAUGUAGAGGCUACGUCUUAACAGUCAUGCUCAUCUGUUUUGUUCUUAUCGCUGGAGCCUUGGCGAUCCCAUUCACAGUUGGAACGAGAAUUGCUGGUGUGGACCCAUUCCAGAUCACUGCCUUCUCUUGGCUCCUUGCGGGUGUCAUUAUCAUCGCAUCUAAGAGUCGGUAUGUCAGCGAGUGGCCGUGGCACGAUUUUAUUCACGGCACAGUCAUCUGCGAUUCUGUGACAGAUUUGGCCGAUGUUACGGGCGUGUCAGAGCAGAUGAUCCUCACAAAGCUCUUACACAGUGAAAAUGGCUCCAUGGUUUCUACUCGAGGCCCCUACAAUGGCAUGUUCAGUAACAGAUCGGAUUCUGCCGAGGGUUUCAGUAUCGAUGUUCCUGUCAAACUGUCAACAAUGCUUGCGAGUGGUUUCAUUGUCUUGAAGGUCUUAGGUGAUAGUGGGGAACAUUUGCUUAUUCUAGAUGCGAGGAAAGGAUCGUCAAUGGAUUGGGCGAACAAAUCCACCCACUCUGCUUCCUACCUCUGUUGUCUCGACAUCGAGUCAAACGAAGACUACCACGACGAGGGAAAAGAUUUGGCCGUGUCUACCCACUCCCGACCUCUGGCCAACGAUAUCCAUUUUGUCAAAAAGCAAAACGUGAGCUGGAGCAGACUGGUUGGACUGUAUAUUGCAGACUCCUGGUUUGGGUAA